GCAUUUGGCCGGAGAUGCUUGUGUUCCAGUCCUCAACUAGUUGACUGAUGUAGUUAACUAGUAGUUUGGUGAACACUGCUACGCUAACAGAGUAGAGCUAGCAUUGAAACGUCAGUUCUGCGAUGAGAACAAAUCUCUGGAUCCGGAACAAUCAAACCGGUUCACUGUCACACAUGAUGUGGUUCUAAACCACUUGGAUGAUAUUCGUCUCUGAUUCAAUGGAGUAUUGGACUCAAGCUUCUUAGCUCGGCGGUGUGAUUUACGUCCUCUAUCCAAAGGGGAUGGGUCCACGGAGAAAGUCGACUAAGACUCAGCCUGUUGGCUCAAGCAAUGCUCGUGAGCUGUUCCUCAGACAAGAUGAGCCUAAAGACUACAUCAACGAGCUGUCGCAUGAGGUCCUCUGUCACGUCUUUAGGUACCUACCCAUGAAAGACAUAAUGUGCAUGGAGUGUCUGUCCAGAAAGCUCAGAGAGGCAGUCACUCUGUACCUCCGUGUGGUCAAAGUGAUGGACCUCUGUGCCAGCCACUGGUGGGAGUACAUGCCUUCAGGUUUCAAUGACGUCAGCUUCAUCUUCUUGCUAAAGAAGAUGCCCGACUUGGAGCAGCUCUACGGUCUCCAUCCGCGCUACCUGGAGCGGAGGCGGGUCAGAGGAUACGAGGCCUUUAGUAUCCCCGGGGUGUUGGAGGCCCUACAAGCCUGCCCAAACCUCCUGGGUGUAGAGACGUCCCACCUGGAGCUGGUGGAAGCCAUAUGGAACUACAUGCCACAGGUCCACAUUCUGGGAAAAUUUCGCAAUAGAAACGGUGCAUUCCCCAUUCCUGCAGAGAACAAACUGGCCAUCCCAAUCACUGCCAAGAUCCAGACACUGCACCUAGUGGGUGUAAACGUCCCAGAAAUUCCCUGUGUGUCGAUGUUGCGCCACCUCUACCUGAAAUGGGUGCGUCUCACCAAACCGCAACCAUUUAAAGACUUCCUCUGUGUUAGCCUUCGAACAUUUGUGAUGCGUAACUGUGCGGGGCCGACCAACUCGCUGAAGUAUGUCCCCCUGGUGACCGGCCUGGCCUCGGCCCGCAACCUGGAGCAGCUGGAGCUGGUCAGAGUCCCCUUCCUGGGGGGGCUUAUCCAGCACGUGGUGGAGGACAGCUGGAGAUCAGGGGGCUUUAGAAAUCUUCACACCAUAGUCUUUGGAGCUUGUAAGAAUGCGCUAGAAGUAGACCUUGGCUACCUCAUUAUCACUGCUGCUCGCAGGCUUCAUGAAGUGCGCAUUCAGCCUUCUCUCACCAAAGACGGAGUGUUCUCCGCUCUUAAGAUGGCUGAACUGGAGUUCCCCCAGUUUGAAACACUGCACCUUGGAUACGUGGACGAGUUCCUCCUGCAAUGUAAAAUGAACCACUCUGAGCUUGUGAAGUAUGGUUUGGCUGAUGUUGUCGAGAACCCCGGCAUCAUCACAGAUAUCGGCAUGAAGGCGGUCAAUGAAGUGUUCACCAACAUCAAGUAUCUGCUCAUCUACAACUGCCCGCAUCUGCACAACCCUCACCACUGGAUCACAGACCAGUCGAGGUGGAGCCGGCUGGUGGAUCUGACUCUGGUUCGCUGUCACGCCAUUAAGUUGGAUUCCUUCUCCCAGUUUAUAGAAUUAUUACCAAGUCUGGAGUUCAUCUGCCUUGACCAGAUGUUCAGAGAACCUCCCAAGGGUUGUGCCAGGGUGGGCCUGAGUGCAGGAACUGGUAUUGGUGUUUCUUCAGCUCUCGUCAGCAAUCAGAACUCCAACAAUGACAACAACAACAAUCAUCACAACAACAACAACGACGACAACAAUGAUGGCCACCUUCCUCCUGCUCCUCCACCUGCCGCCAACAACAACAUCUACAACCAACGAGCGCCACGCCCACACCAGCACAACGAGGGGCUGGAGGUGAAUGGUUUGGUGGACGGGGAGGAGGGAGGAGAGGUGAUGGAGGAGCGUGUGGAGGCGGAGGAGGGAGGAGAGGUGAUGGAGGAGCGUGUGGAGGUGGGGCCCCACAUGGAGCUGGGCGGGGAGGAGGAGGUGCCAAUGGAGGACUUGAAUAUUUCUUCAGGACACACCAAAGCAGGUGACCUCACAGAAGUACCAGCAGCAGCUAGCCCUAUUGACGAGGAGCAAGCAGGUCCGAGUGGUUUAGUCCAGCAGAGUAGGCCAACAUGUACCUCAGGCAGCAAGCCUCCCACCAACUCUGACUCUGACAGUGAAGAGGAGGAAGGCCUGACCUUGAGGCAGACGGCUGGCCCCGGGCCCCAGCAGACGGCCUCCUGUCCAGCCGUCGGUCCUGCUUGCAGCAGCGUUCCCAGCAGUAAAGGAAAGACCCCCCUCCGGCGGGCGGGAAGCACGGCGGCCCCCUCCACGGUGAAGCCCCCCCCCACGGUGAAGUCCCCCCCCCUGCCCGGUGAGGGCUGUUGUGAGAAGAGCUGCCAGGUGACCAGCGAGCAGAUCAAGGCUGACAUGAAGGCGGCCACCGAGAGCGGUAACCACGGCCUCGCUGGCGUCGCCAAGCAGGGCCCUGCGGCCGGGGGGGGCGGGGACGGUAGCACGCCCCCCCGACCUUCCGCUGACCCCGGAACGGGACACGGAGGGACGGGUGGACGCGGAGCGAGGCCGGGGGCUGCAGGGGGCAGACCCCGGGGGGGGGAGAGCGGUCCGGAAACGGGGAGGGACGCUGACCGGACCAACCGGGCUCAGGCCGGAGCCGUUGGCAGAGGAACGACCAACGGGCCGGAGCAUGAGGGGGCAGGGGGCCCGGGGGCGGAGCAGGGGGCGGGGCGCAGUGGAGGGGCGGGGCCUGGAGCUCAGCCUACCGGCGGAGCAUCAAGAGGAACGACCAACAGACCUGGGGGCCAGACGCUCCACUCUGAGUCUCUAGGGGGAUCUGACCAACCAGGGGACAGGUUGGAGGACAUGUUUGUCCCCAGACGACCGCUAACACGAUCGCGCAGCCGCAUGUCCCUGGUGCCGCUCGUUGCUGAAGCAGACUUAUCGAGAGCCCGACCCCGCCCGACACGAAGGAAACGAAUGACGGACAAAUCGACCAGCACCUCAGACCCUGUCACAGAGGAUGACCAUGUACAGGUCUUAUCUCUCAAGGGCAAGAACCUGGUGGGCCUCACGCUGACCAACUGUGGCAUCACAGACCUGCUGCUGAAGGACUGUCCCAAGAUGAUGUUCAUUCAUGCGACUCGGUGUCGUGUGUUGAAACACCUGCGGGUGGAGAGCGCUCCCAUCGUGAACCGGUUCGAUUACGCCCAGUGCAAGAAGCUGGACAUGGAGCAGGUCCUGGACCAGAUCCUGAGGAUGCCCCCCGAGAGGAACCGCAUCAUCUACAUGCGGCCCAUGCACCAGAUCGAUUCUCUGGCCCUGGAGCGUCUGCUUUUCCGGGGUCCUUACCCCUACCACAUUGCUAUAGUCCAUGAGUUCAGCAACCCUCCAAAUAUUCGCAACAAGGUCAGAAUACGAAGCUGGAUGGACACCAUAGCAAACAUCAGCCAGGAGCUGAUCAAGUAUGAGUUUUUUCCGGAGGCUACGAGGACUGAGGAGGACGUUAAGAAGAAUCCAAGGUACCCCUGGGGUCGUGACAUCUACACCCUGGAAGGUGUGGUGGACGGCGCCCCAUACUGUAUGGUGACGGACUUCCCCUGGCUGCGGACCCUGAGGACAGCCGACUCAAACGGAUACUCUCGCUACGACUUUGAGGACGAUGAGAGCACCACCAUAUACGCCCCACGACGCAAAGGCCAGCUCUCUGCGGACAUCUGCAUGGAGACGAUCGGGGAGGAGAUCUCUGAGCGGCGGCAGAGCAGGCGCGGGGUGUUCCAGAGGGUGGUGGUGCUCUUCCUCCAUCAUUGUGACACUCCCGGGGAGCCCGUGGAUGACGAUUACAUCUGAUAUCUUGGUGUCUAAAGACACUGCUUUGCAAUCAAGGCCAGAAAUUGCACCUGCUGACCAGACCUAAUGCUUUGCCUUUUCUAGACAUCGCACUGCCGUGAGAUUCUGUACAAAAAAUCUCCCAUAUUUUCAUUCGAUGAGGUACUUUUUAUAUGGUUUGUUUGUCGUUCUAUUCACAUCCUAUUGUUGGUGUUAAGUGGCCCAAUGUUACUGCAAGAGUGUUUGGGGGAUUUACCUAUAACAACUAUGAACCUUUUGAUACAAAUAUAAAUGUCAAAUGGGACCUCUCGAAUGAUAUCCCAUAAUAUGGAGUUGAACCAUAUUACCCUAACCACUGAGAUUCUAAGAAGUGAAGGUAAACCUACUUGUUUGAAUUGUGAGAAUAAAUUAAAAAGUAUUCUGUGGACUUUGAA